AUGCUCUCUUGCCUCGAGUUGUUGACUCUCGCUGGGGCUGUCGCGGCGGCUGGGCUACUGGGUUCAUCCUCCCGGGUCACGGCGGCUGUUCAGGCUGAAGUUAUUGAGCUGACAGCACUAAGAUAUAAUAGCUUGAGAAUCUCAAUGAGUUGCUUUUCUAUAUUUUGCAAGAAAAGAAGGGCAACGCGGCAACCAAGUUCCCACCAUAAUGAAGACGUACCUGGUGGUACAAAUAUAACAAAAUACACUUAUAAGGAGCUAGUCAGGGCAACAGAUAACUUUAACCAAUCGAACAAGAUUGGUGAGGGUGGUUUUGGUUCCGUUUACAAGGGACAGCUCAGGAAUGGAACAAUUAUUGCUGUCAAGGUCCUUUCGACGGAGUCAAGACAAGGAGUAAGGGAGUUUCUGAAUGAGCUCGUGGCUUUUUCUGGCAUCUCACAUGAUAAUCUUGUGAAACUUUAUGGGUAUUGUGUGGAAGGAGACCAAAGAAUACUUGUUUACAACCAUCUUGAAAAUAAUAGCCUUGCACAAACACUUCUAGGCUCGCGCCACAGCAAUAUCCAGUUCAAUUGGGAAACUCGAGUAAAUAUUUGCCUUGGCAUUGCACGGGGAUUAGAAUACCUCCAUCAUGGUGUCAGCCCCCACAUUGUUCAUCGAGACAUUAAAGCAAGCAAUAUACUUCUUGAUAGGGAUCUUACCCCAAAAAUCUCUGAUUUUGGUCUAGCAAAGCUUCUUCCACCAAACGCGACACAUGUUAGCACAAGAGUUGCAGGAACACUAGGCUAUUUGGCUCCUGAAUAUGCUAUUCGAGGACAAGUGACACGCAAAUCAGAUGUUUACAGUUUUGGCGUUCUCCUUCUAGAAAUUGUUAGUGGGAGAUCAAACAGCGAUACAAGAUUAGCAUAUGAAGAUCAGAUACUCCUUGAAAAGUUCCCAGAGAUCACCAAUGGGGUUCUCCUCUUGCAGACAUGGAUGUAUUAUGAGCAGGGGAUUUUGGAGAAAAUCAUAGACAGAUCUUUGGGCAGCGACUUGGAUGUUGCACAGGGUUGCAGAUUCCUGAAAGUCGGGCUGUUGUGUACACAAGAUGUCACGAGACACCGGCCUGACAUGUCAAAGGUCAUCGCCUUGCUUACAGGCGAAACGGAUGUCGAGUCAGAGAGGAUCAGCAAGCCCGCUAUAAUCAGUGACUUCAUGGAUCUCAAGAUCAGGAGCAUGAGGAAAGCGAAUGACAUCGCUACGUCCUCAACAUUCCUGUCCUCUCUCAUGGCACAUUCUUCGCCUAUGCUGUCGAAUGAGACGACACAAGCCUCCAUGACAUCCACUGGUAUAUCGGAUCGUGAGUGA